AUGGGCCCUUACGGUGGCUCCUCGGGAGAUUGGUUCAGUGAUUUUGGAUCAUCUCUGUAUGGCCCCAUUUCAAGUAUUUUAAUACGGCACGGAGGUAUAAUCGACGGAAUCCAGUUCAUCUAUGGCGACAAUACGGAAGGGACCUUCGCUGGAGGACAAGGGGGAAAUGCUGAAACAUUGGUAUUAAACACGGACGAGUGCAUACACAAGAUUCGCAUCGGUAUGGAUCAAGGGUCAGAGUAUGUUGGUCAGCUGUACUUCACCACGAACAAACACACCUACGGUCCAUAUGGAAUGCAGAACACGACAUUGUGGGACGUGGAGCACGGAGGGCAACCCCUGAUGUACGUGUCUGGAAGAUACAGCAGUUAUCUGAACGCCUUGACAUUUCACUGGAAAGACUUGUAG